AGGCGCAUAGCAGCUGCGCGGCCUUCCUCUCUGCCCUCACAGUUUAGGUCUGUUCGACGGUUUCGGUUCGGAGCCGAUUUGGAUUUUUUCUCCCCUGUGUUUUGAGUGGGUUUUAGUGUUUUUCCGGAUAAAUGAGGCCUCCAAACACGUCUCUGUUUGUCCGGAACAUCUCAGAUGAGUCCAGGCCUGAGGAUUUGCGGCGUGAGUUUGGCCGCUAUGGGCCGGUAGUAGAUGUCUACAUCCCACUUGACUUCUAUACACGUCAGCCAAGAGGAUUUGCAUACAUUCAAUUUGAAGAUGUGAGAGACGCAGAGGAUGCUCUGCACAGCCUGGACAGGAAGUGGGUUUGUGGCCGCCAGAUUGAGAUCCAGUUCGCCCAGGGUGACCGGAAGACUCCCAACCAGAUGAAAUCGAAGGAGCGGCGAUCUCCGGGUCGCUCGUCUCGGUACGAUGACUACGACCGAGACGGCUGGCGCAGAAGAUCGCGCAGCCGCAGCUACGAACGCUACCGAUCGCGCAGCCCGUCUCAUGACCACCGCCGUAGGCGAUCAGAGAGUCCCAGAGAGUCUCGUGGGCGGAUGUACGGAAGAGGAAGAAGCAGAAGCCGAGAAGAAGACAGGUACCGACAGAGGCCCUGCAAAGAUUCCAGGAGGAGGUCCAGGUCCCGCUCCGCGUCUCCCAGAGACAUGAACCCCGCCGCCGCCUCCCACUACGCAGAGGAAGACCCACGCCAGGCUCACUCAAAGUCCCGCUCCAUGUCCCGGUCCCGUUCGCGCUCCCACUCCUGGGCCGGGCGGAAGAACAGAGGCCGCUAACAGACCCCGCCCCCAUGUUUGACCUGCAGCGGUCUUUGGUGUGAAUUUGAAGUCCGCUCAGCCGUUUGUAGGAAGCUCCAUUUUUUUUUUUUAGGCCAGCGCUGCUGCUCUUUUUCUUUUUUUCUAGAAAUAUUUCUGUAAUGUUUUCCCAGUCGGAACAUAAAGUUGUGGUUUGUGUGAAUGCGAUUCAAACGUUCAGUUACUGAUUUUUAUCUGUUUAAAUCAUCUGCAGCAGAUUUUCUUUCUCAAACUAAAACUUUCAGUAUUUGCUGUAAAAAUCCCAGCUGUUGUUUUUAAUCCUGUACAUCAGAACCGCUCAUCCUCGCCGACCCGUUAGAACUGGCUUCAGCUGAGCGACUCCGGGCCCGUUAGAGCCGAUCCUGACUGCGGCUGGGUGGCUGACGGCGGUUCAGUCGCUAUAUGAUAAAGAUCAGAAAGUGUUAAACUGUGUUUUCUGUACGUCUGUCUCUGAACUGCGUUUCUUUGCUGCGUCUGACGGUCCGCAUCGACCCGAAUGUCCCUGCAUGUUUUAUUUUCUCUGUCUUUGUUAGGAAGCAACUUUUUAUUUUCUGUAAUAAACCAACAACAUUCAGUAUAAGG